AUGUCUGCUCUGACAUCCGAACAAUGGCAAUCUCGGGACAACGUACCGUCCUCAGAAGCUACCGACAUGAAAAAUGAUAACGCCACCGACUUCGCAAAGUUUAUCGAAGCGCAGAGCCCAAUAACUGGAUCCACUGGAGCUCGUGAGAUGCUAAAAGCAGGCCAGAGACGUCUUCGACAACUCGCUCAACGCCAGAGGAAGAACACAGACCCCAAGACCAAGGCGGAGGAGUCGGCACGACAGUUGCUUGCACUCCAGGAAGGAGGGUUCCUACCGUCUGUUGUACCCGUUCCUCCCAGCGCACCUAAGAGAUCAGGCCACAAAAAGAGCCUCGACUCCAGCAGAUCUUCUUCCCGGUCUAUUUCCAAUCUCAGCUUCAAAUCAAAUUCCCGAAGAGACGUAGAAAGCAUUGGACAGCCCUGGUUGACGGACCCACUUGAGAAGGAGAGGCAAGAGAUCAGAGCAAACCAUCUCUCAGCACUGAAUCUACGGGAGUUGACCUCCUUGGUGGAGGCUGCGGUAUCUCUCCCUCCACGAUUCGACGACGCGAACCCCCCUCCUUAUCAGCCACCAACGCCCGCGAAGGAUGUCAAAGUUGACAUGCAGGGAGUGAACCGAAAUCCAACUACGGCGGCUGAUGCCGCAAACAAUACACCUGAAUCCGAGAAUCAACAGUCGUCUCAACCGAAGAAUUUGGCAGACACCAAUAUGCGAGUUCAGGUUGAACACUGUGGAGAGCAAGAAUCAGAUGUAAUGCCUCUGGAUUCUAUACACAAAGACCAGGCUGGUCUCGUGUCAGAUGCAGAUGCGAAGCGGACAGGUCUCAGGCUCGACUCAGAAGCAGCUAAUAAACCCCCAUCCUCUAGCUCGUCCGGAAGCUUGUCAACCCCCACAAGUCAAACCACCUUGUCUCUGAAGCUUUUUCCCAACCCUAUUCCCCCCCGCAAUCCGAGUCGAGGAGCUUGGCGCAUCUCCAAUGCCCGUCCGUUAGCUCUCAACAGACCUCUCCCUGCUGCUCCUAGCACCGAUUUGAACACCGAAUACUCCCAACCCGCCGAUAGUGUGUCUCUGCAGGAGGAUCGUGUUACUCAGAAGGUGUCGGACACCAUACGGUCUGCUUCUUUUGAUGCUGGAAAAUCAGGCAAAGAGCCUAUGGCAAGCCCCGUGGGCGAGAAAUUCCCGCAGAAGAAAGGUUGUCGCCGGCCUUCAUCCCUGCCCAUGUGUACAAUCGAUGCGUUCCCCCUCCCAGCACCGAUGAGGCCUCUACCCUCACUACCAGAGUCAACUUCAGCGGUUGAUAUCAAUGACCGCAACUCCUCUGGCAAGUCUACGCCUUUACCAAGACUGGUUUUGGAUGGUAAAAGUUCGGCAGCCAGCACCCAGGAUGAAUCGGCUAAGUUGGGCAAAUCGGCCAUGUCCAACUCUGCUCCACCCGUGAGAAUAGGGCAGAGUCGGGUGGAGAGAGUUCAUGCCUUGAAAAUGAGAGACAUGUCGGCGAGCCGCCUCUACCUGAGAGAUUCAGAGACGCCCCAGGAGGCGGAAGAAGAUCAGCCUUCGAAAUCUGCAAAGAGUCCACAGGAGGCAAUGUCCCAGGAGCGCGGGGAGGCACCACCUCCCAGGCCUGAGACAGAAAAGCCGACUGGUCGCAACAAGCGAUAUCAGAGGAAAGUUUCUGCGGAUCCCCCAUCCCCGCCUCCUGUCUCUCCUCCACCGUCAAAUCCGUCGAGGCACCUCAUCAGCCAGUCUAUUGGCAGGCGAUACUGCACCACACCUAUUAACUGUGGUGCAGCAUCCGCGCGAGAGACUGGGCCACCGCUGGUGCCUGUUUCCAACACAGGCGCUCCUAUACGUCGGAGUGGCAGCACUCGAAGCGUCGCGUCCUCACAGGGGAGAGGGACUAAAGAGCAGAGCUCUGUGAGCUACCCAGAUAUGCCUAUCCCAUCUUCCGAUGACGAGUGCACUAGCGCAAGCGUGCACCAGGAUCGAGCACGUCCACCCUCUGGCAAACGCCGACGGAUGCGACCCGCCCCUCUCACAUUGACUGAACCUGCGUCACACAAGGUGCGCGCUACGAAAAAUUCUUCUUCCGACCAUGGGUAUCCCUUCACACCGAGAGGCUACAGAACUCGUCUUUCAGAACGGUCUUCGCCCCGAUCGCAUCUGUCCCACAGCACUUAUCAUUCUCAGGAUUCUCGAAGUUCCCACCGCCAAUCCUCGCAUGUGAUCAGGUCUCUUGAGGAGCGCAUCGCGCAUCUUGAGCGACAGAACAAAGUCCUCCAGGCCGCGCUGCUUGCAGCUUUGGAUGUGGGCGUCAAGGACAAUCUGGAAAGCGUGCUUGGGGGAUCGGCCACCUCCCUGUCUACUUCAGCGACGACACCAGCUACGGGAAGCUCCUUUUCAUCUACGACGCACAGCUCCAGCUUGGAUGAGUCUAUGGCUGAAGACCGCAGACACACCCGCAGAAAACAGCCUCCUUAUCGGCCAACCAGCUGGAUUGCUAGCCCGGAAUCUAGCCGACGGGGCAGCUACGACACCGAUGACAGUGACAAUGUGAGGGAGUUGGAGGAUAUGAUUGAGGAUAUGGAUUUUGAUUGGAUGUCCGACAAGUCGGACGCGGCGAGAUCCUAG